CUGCUUUCCUCCUCUCUAAUCUUAUUCUGUCUUUGUUUUGAACAGCUCUGUCCUGUUUGUUCUCUCAGUUUAGAUCCUUUUACAGAUAGAAACAGUCUGAAAACUAAGCUGACAAUCAUAUGAGCUGAUGGUUGUUCUUAGCUUUCGCAGGGAUUAAUGAAUCAUGCUUUAAACUGCUCUGAUAACCGAAAAACACAAGCGGAAGACUUGAAGCGAAACUGAUGAACUUCCUCUUUAUGGAGAGAAUGUUUUGUUGCUACAACGCAGCGAAGAUCGCCUGCUGGACGUUUGAGGAAAGAACCCAGUAGAUCUUUACAUCGUCAUGGCUGCUUCCGCAAGUGGACUGUUGGAUAUUUAAAUUACCCAUUAAUUAUGCCUCCACAUAUAAGAACCGUUUUUGCAGUUAUACAAAAAUCAUUGAUUUAUUAUAAUUGUACUGUACCAGCAAACAUUAUCUCAAUUAAAUUCUAUGAAACACGUUGCGGGGUCAGAUCACGUGAUCCAGUCAGAUUACCACUUAAUAACAAUUGGAUUAUUAUUAUUUAUUUUUUUUUACUUAAAACGUACUUGUGAAAUCCAACUCAUAUUAAAAAUGUGUCAAUAUAAAGAAACCGACCUAUUACAGACAAUGUGGACUAUGCAGUAGAUCUGACUGACUAAGCCAGUGGUGCCCAAAGUUGGUCCUCCACAUUUGAUCAUGUCCAAACUUGAUGUCAGUGUCAGUCAGACGUGAUCAGAAGCAGCAUAGUCCUGAUUCCCAAUGAUUCCCUCAGCUGUAUUGUGUUUGUUCACUAAAUCCCCCUAAAAUCAGUGAGGGAAACAAUGAGGAAACAUCCGUGUGGGUCUAACAUGGAGCAAGUUGAAGGUUUAGAUGAAGCUGACUCAGAAAACGUCUGAGCACAUAUCAGAUUCUGCAGUCAUUUCCCAGAGUGCCUUGCUCUCAGAGUAUGUGACAGUAACAGGACGGGUAUCUGUGAAUCUGUUUCUUUCAGUCAAAAAGUUGAUGGUUCAGUUGCUGCGUCCUCCGCUGCCACUCAUCAAUGGCAGUAUCCUAUGUUUCAGGUUGCUGUCUCCGUGGCAGCAAUGGCCGUUCUACAUCUGGUGAAGAAGUGGUUACUUGUUGAGUUGCUGAUCAACAUCUCUGAGUCCGCUGUGUGUCUGAACGCACCAGAUGCUGUUAUAAUUGAGCGAAGCUCUUCAGCUGUUGUCACCAUUUCUUCCAGUUCUGCUGUCAAUCAGUCUACAGUGAUUCACCUGAAUGUAACCUUCAGCUCCCAGGAGAACUACUCAUUAAUAAUCACUCUGCCUGACCAGGUGUUGCUUCCAGAGAAAGCUACCUCAGCCAAUUUCACUGUGAUAGCACAUGAUGUUGGUCAGGUGACUGCACACCUGUUCAGCAACAACACACACCUGGACAGUUUGUCGUCCAGGAUCCGUUUCAUAGUGAUCCACAGCAGUGUGCUGUCAGUGGUGGCUCAGGUGAUUGGAUGGAUUUACUUUGUGACUUGGUCAGUGUCUUUCUAUCCACAAGCCUGGGAAAACUGGAGGAGAAAAAGUGUUGUAGGUCUCAACUUCGACUUCCUGGCUCUCAAUCUAACGGGCUUCAUUGCUUACAGUGUCUUCAACAUCGGCCUCUUCUGGGUACCCUACAUAAAGGAGGAGUUCCUUCAGAAGAAUCCCAAUGGGAUAAAUCCUGUUAAUGCUAAUGACGUCUUCUUCAGUCUACAUGCUCUGCUGUUCUGUGUGAUCUACGUCAGCCAGGCUGCUCUCUAUGAGGUACACCACUACAGAGUGGGAUGUUCUGUCCAGCCGACGAGAGGGGGUCAGAGGGUGUCAUGGACUGCCAGGAUUCUGUUGCUGAUUGGUUGGACCUUUGCUUUGAUCAGCCUAUUUGUUGCUGUGGCCCACAAAAUUACCUGGUUGGAGUACCUCUAUUACUUCUCCUAUAUUAAACUAGCAGUCACUCUGAUCAAAUAUGUGCCACAGGCCUAUAUGAACUACAGGAGACAAAGCACUGAGGGCUGGAGCAUCGGCAACGUCCUGCUGGACUUCACUGGUGGAGUCUUCAAGAUCCUUUCCCAAGUCUUGGGCUCUGGCCCGGUUCCUUCGCAGGCGAGCAGGGGAAAAAACGGGUGCCAGAACUUUCUUGCACAACAAAAUAAAACUAACAUCUUUCCUCUCUUAGUGUUUGUAAAUUCCACAUCUCUCCAAAUCUGAAUUCCUUCCUGACUUCCAGGUCAGAUUGACCCAGUCGAUUUGACACAGUACAUUUCUCUUAGGUUAAAACAUAUCUUAGUGCGAACCAGCCAAACAACAUAACUUUUAAUUAUUAAUAUCUUUCCUCUACACUUGUAGUCCAAAUUUGUUCCAGUUAGAUGAACCAUUUAUAAACAAAAUCCAUUUAUUCCAUGAUACACGGCAACAGUGUUAACAAUGACUCCGCCACAACAGUCAAAAACUUGUAUACCCUUCCGGGUUCAACUCCUGUCAACUACCUGUCACCUCUUGGUUCAUAUACUGGAGCCGACAGCCCCAUCUAGUGACCAAAAACCCCAAAAUACACAUAUUUGACCCCGGUAACGGGGAAGGUCAUGCCACCAGUUUAACAAUAUUUCAGAUAUUUAAAACAAAAACUAAUAAUGAUUGAUAUUGACUGAUAUGAAAGCCUUCUAUUGUAAUAUGUUUUUCAGCCAUAUUGUCCAACCCUAAUCAAUAUGUUGCAAGGGGAAAAUGAAAUCGAACUGACAAGCAGCAGAUUUAUCCAAUUUGUUCUCUUGCACUGGGAAGACUGAAAAAUUCUGAUUGCUCAUAACCUGGGAAAAGUGAAGAUAAUGUACUUUGAAAGGAUAAAUGGAAGCAGAAGGCAGCAGGCUGUGCAGCACCUCAGAGGAAUCUGACUGGUGAUUGGUCUCAGUAUAACUGAGGACUAACAGGAUAGUUGAACCUUCUCAUAAACUAGCUUUAUAAUGAGAAACACUUCAUUCUACCAGCUCACUGAACUCUAUUUUACAGUUGUUCUGCGCUAGUAGAGUGCUAUGCACCGCCUUUUUGUAAAUGUUUGUAAUUUCAUCUGGAGCAGCACAUUGUCAUGCUUUCUGCCAUGUUUACCUCU